AUGGCGACAGUUGUGAAGAUCAUACCCGGACGCACAACCUUUCUACUCUGCGAUGUGCAGGAGCGCUUCAGGGCAGCCAUCCACGCCUUCGAUACUCUACUGCUCACGAACGUCAAGAUGAUUAAAGCUGCCAAAAUACUCGAAGUGCCUGUCAUUGCUACGGAACAGAAUCCACGCGCGCUGGGACCGACGGUCUCCGAGCUGACAGAUGCAAUGCAAUCUCUAGCGCCGGAAUCUCGCGCUACAUUCUCCAAGACGCUAUUUUCGAUGGCUACUCCGGAAGUCCUCGCAACGCUCCGCGAAAGGCAAGCGAAGUCACUGGUCAUAUUCGGGAUUGAGAGUCAUGUUUGCGUCCUUCAAAGUACUCUAGACUUCCUCGAACAUGGAUAUGAUGUGCAUGUACUCGCCGAUGCUAUCUCAAGCUGCAACAAAGAGGAGGUGCCUGUUGCACUCGCACGUAUGCGACAAGCCGGCGCGCAGAUUACGACAAGCGAAAGCCUUCUGUUCCAACUUCAACGCGAUUCAUCCGGUUCAGCUUUCAAAGCUUUCAGCUCGUUGAUCAAAGAAGAGAAGGGCGCAACUCAAAGCGCGGUGCAGACGCUCAUCCCUAAGGGAUCUCUCCUCUGA